AUGAAUUCCGGUCUAUUCUUAUUCGCAGCAGCGGUCGUCGCGGUCGUUAGUGGAAGCGCCGUGUACCCAAUCCCAGUGCACCACGCACCGGCCACCACCCAAUACCACUCCCAAGAUGAAUUGGGCCAGUACGCGUACGGUUACUCCGGUGGCCCGUCGUCCAAGCACGAACAGCGCACCGCGGACGGCGUGACCAGCGGCGGUUACUCGUACGUUGACGCCAACGGCCUGGUCCAGUCCCUGGCCUACGUGUCCGACCCGGUCAACGGUUUCCGUGUGAGCGGAACCAAUCUGCCCGCAGACUCCAACACCGCCCAUCACGCCGCUUUGCCGGUCGUCCAUCAAGCCGCAGUGCCGGCCGUCCAUCAAGCCGCAGUCCCAUCACCAUACUACUUGGCCGCCGCCCCAGCACCACUCCCAGUCGCCACUUCCUACUCCAGCGUCGUGCACCACGCAGCCGCCGAGCCGAUCGUCGUCAAGAGCCCGUCGUACUACGUGCCCGCCGCUCACCCACUGAUCAAGCUCGCCCAGCCACUCACCCCAGCCAGCACUUCCAACGUCCACUACCCAGAGCACGCCGUCCUCCUGGCCGCCCGUAAGAAGCGUAGCGCUGGACUCUACCCCACACUGGUUUCCGGUUACUCCGCCGCCCCCGCUCACAUCGUCACCGUCAAGCACACCGAAUUCGCCGCUCCACCAGCGCCAAUCGUCCACCACUUGGCCGCCCCAUCCCCGUACUACCUGGCCGCUGCCCCAGCACCGGUCGCCACUUCCUACACCAGCGUAACCCGACACCACGAACCAGCAGUCGCUCCAGUGCUCGCUUACGCCGCCCCAGCCCCACAGGUCUACGCCGCACCUGCCCCACACGCAGUCUACGCCGCACCGGCACUCGCCCCGACCGUAGCAGUAGCCCCGGCCAAGAGCCAGUUCCACGCACAAGACGAACACGGCCAGUACACUUACGGUUACACCGACGGUGCAUCCGCCAAGACCGAGACCCGUUACGCCGACGGCGAGACCAGAGGAAGCUACUCGUACGUGGACCCUCACGGUGAAGUCCAGGCUGUCCACUACUCCGCCGGCGCUGAAGGUUUCAAAGCCGCAGGAACCACCAUUCCUGUCCACCACGUCUAA